UUUAAGCUGUUGUUUUGGUGAGCGGCUCGCUCGCUCUUCGCGGGGUUGGUGCCGGCGUUCGCCUGCGAAAAGCGAGGAAUCGUUUCGGGCGGGCGCGCGGGCGGCUGGGUUCGUCGUUCUGUGAUGGAGGCUUUCCACCCCAGCAAGCUGGAGAAGCACCAUCAUCACCAUCAGCCGGUGGAGUUUUUGCAAGGAGCCGGCAGGUACGCGAGUAAGAGCCACAGCGCCUAUGGGAACGCGUUUAACUCGUGGAAUGAUUACCUGGGGCUGGCCACUCUGAUUACCAAGGCGGUGAGCCAGGAGAAGGGCUUUAGGACCGGAUCCCCCUCCGUGGUGGUGGCGGCGGCCGUGCAGCAGGUCCCGGCGACCGAGGAAGGCGAAGAGGAGGACGAGGAGGAGGAGGAGGAAGACGACGACGACGACGACGAAGUGGGAGCCCCUUAUUUCGAGAGCUCCCUGGAUUUGCACGAUUUUGACUUGUGCAGCCAUCACCACCUUAACCCUAGCGAAAGCCUGCUGGAGGAGCGUUUCGCCGAUUUUAGCCCCUUCUCUGGCAGAUCCAGCCCGGCCUCGGUUGUGUUCAACUGCUCCCCUGACCAUCUGGAAAGAGAUCGCUCGCCUCACGCUUGGGGCGGCCGCCUGGUGGUCGAUGGUCGGCUCCAGGCUCCCCAGAAAAGCGCCUCCAGGCUGCUCAAGCCGGAAUUGCAAGUCUGUGUUUUCUGCCGGAAUAAUAAGGAAGCCGUGGCCCUCUACACCACGCACAUCCUUAAGGGACCCGACGGCAGAGUCCUAUGCCCGGUGCUGAGGCGGUACACAUGCCCUCUCUGCGGAGCCAGUGGGGACAACGCGCACACGAUCAAGUAUUGCCCCUUGUCCAAAAUGCACGGCAGCGCCCCCAAACAACCGCUCAAAAACGCCCGGCACAUUCUGGGCAAGAAGCUCCGCUAGGGGGCGCUUCUCAAGCCUCGGGCGCGUCGGUGUUUGUCGAGACGGGACUGCGGAUCAAAAGCAUCGGAUCGAGGGGAAAAACCCGCUACGAUUCGUUCUUCUCUUUCUGUUCUCUUGCGCGCGUGUGCCCUCUACAGGGAUAUAAAAAGGCAUUCCCUUUGGUUUUUUUAAAACAAUGAUUGUACUCAAAUGUUUCUUAAUAUAUUUAAAUAUGAAGACGUAGAAUGUACAGAGAGAUGUUCUUGAUUUAUGUAUCAAAUAAUUGAGUAUAGUUUCUAGUUUGUAUAUGUAGUAGCCAGGGAGCCUGGCCUCUGAAUUAACUCUAAGAAUUAUAACAUACCGUUUAGAGGUACUGUAUUUGUUUAUUGUGAAACUUACCUAAUUUUUAAAUGGGACUAAGGAUCUCUCUUAGGCAUAUGCUCUAUUUGCUGUAGCUUUGUUAAAUAUUCUUGGCUGGAAAGGGAGCACUCUUGAAUAAAGAAAAGACUAUCUUUAAACAUGUCUGAAAAAGGCAGCAUAACACAACUUUCAGUGAUAACAUGUACCAUUCAAAUAAUUUUUAAGGAGCUGUUUGGCUGGUCCUACAAUGGUUACAAGGCAAGGUUGGAAAGGUCACUUAUUAAAUGUGUUGAAUCGGCAUUUGCUUCCUUUGCUGUCUUCAUUGUCUUCAAGCAAUGUUUUGAUUAUAAAAAGGGGCUCCACUGUUUGUAUGCUUAUAAGUUUUAUAGUUUAGAAGUCACCUCUUAACCUCUGUUUCAAGCACCUGCAUGCUUUGAGGUUUCAUCCAUUGCCUCAUUCUUUUGUAUUUUUUUUUCCAAAUACCAGUUAUCUCCAGUUGGCCCAAUUGAGACAACCUGAUUGAUCUUUGUGACACCUUUACUUCUAUUCUUUGUUCCUGACUUUUCUCCACCAUCACUUCCACAGUACAGUUUUGCUCCCCCAAGACGGGCCUUGCUCUUUCUCCACCCUCCCCCCACCCCCAGUGUGUUAGACUACAAAUAUGUGUACCUGGCCUGGGAGUUGUAAGCUGGAUGGCAAAAAAAUCAGUCUGGUAGUUUAUGCCUUUUAAUGAUAGAUUAUGAUAGUGCCUUUUCUAACAAAUUUUAUUAAAAGGUAUAAGCUUUUAUGAGCUGCAUGCCACAUAGACAGAGUUCUUAUCCUACAGUGUAAGCUGGAUAGUAUCAGAAUGGCAGCUUAAGUCAAAAAAUUCAUUCUAUAAAAGCAAGGAAUCAGCAAAAACAUCCCUGUAUAAUUGGGGGGAAAGGGCAGAUUAGUUGUCUCCCUAAUCAAUGCCUUUGCAACUAAUUACCAAAAAAAAUGUAUUAUUUGUAACUUGAGAAAUGUGUAAAUCAGAUAUAAAUCCACAAAUGGUACUUGUAGUGGUAAAGACGGUUACAACUGUUUCAAACUUUAUACUCUUUUUCAUUCCCCCCCUCAAUGUAGUUUGAUACUGGUUUCCACCAUGAAAGCCAAAAUGUUUCAAACCUUCCAAAGUUUUUUCCACAACAGGUAUAGUUAAUGCCUACUAAUUAUGCUAUUUUAUGUUUUAGUUUUUCACAUACAGUAAGAGUAGCAUACCAUAUUUUUAACAAGUUACAUGUUGGUAAUAAGGUUGAAACUAGUGCUGAAAAACUAACAGCAGCACUUGUUAGUUAUUCAAACAAAUUGUUUAUUGCUUACUUUACAUAUAUAUAAUCACACAGCACAGGAGGAGAUUGGUACACUUCAAAAAUAUUUUAGCAGGUUUAUAUUAAGUGCUACCUGAAAUCUCUGUAGGAGUUCCAAACUACAGAGAAUUCCACUGAAGAGUACCAAGUAAAGGCUGAUCUGUUUUCUGUGCUAACCAUUCUAUUUUUUUCCAAGUAAUUAAAGAUUGUAUUAGUUUUUACGAUUGUAAUUAUAAACUAAAAGAAAGAU